AUGGAAAAGCAAUGCUUCCUGGCAGCUCAGGAACAAGCCCUGGGUACCAGAGCAAUAGAGAUUCAGAUCUACCUCACCAGACAAGACUCAAGGUGUAGGCUGUGUAAAGAGGUGCCUGAAACUGCAGGGUAUAAGAUGCUGGCAGGUGGGAGUGAUGCGUCAUCGGCUCUCUCCAGACCAACACAACACUGGGACUCUAAAAUAUCCUUGGACAGUUUAAGGACCAGUGUGGAGGUGAAAGAAAACCAGGAUGAGAAACACCAAAGAGAUCAUGACACCUUACAAAAGCAUUGCCCUUCAGCUCUUUGUACAAACAUCUACACAACUGCACCACGAGAACUAAAGAGGAAACAGUCUGUGCUGUUUGGAAAAGAUCACCAUCAGAGCACCUUGGCCUGUAAAAGAUCCGCCUGGGCUGUCACCCAAAAGAAUGCGCUGGUCCACUUAAACGAGUUAAAACCAGGUCUGCGGUAUGAAAUCAUGUCAAAAAGCGGUCCACUCCAUGCCCCAGUGUUUUCUGUUGGUGUGGAGGUUAAUGGAUUCCACUUUGAGGGUUUUGGCUCCACAAAAAAGCAGGCCAAGAUGCGGGCUGCAGAAUUGGCUCUGCAGUCUUUCAUCCAGUUCCCAAACGCCUCGCAGGCCCAUGCAGUAAUGGGGAACUUCACCAACGCAAAUGUGGAUUUUGCAGCAGAUAAACUAAGCCUUUCUGACACCUUCCUGACAGAAUUUGAACCUUCUCCCUUUGAAACCUGUGACCUCUUGCAUUGGAACACAAAGAAGGAAAUUUUGAACAGUAUCUGCAACUACAGGCAACUUAUUCGGUUCACUCUGGACUUGAAUUCCUCUGCAAACCCAAAAGGACAAAGCUUCAGCACGUUGCUGUUACAGCACCUCAGCCCAGUGGCGCUGCUCAGUGUGCUGCGACCAGAGCUCAGGUACAUAUGUCUGACAGAAACAGUUCAUGGCAGGCCCAAGAGGAACUUUAUUAUGGUGCUAAGAUUAGAAGGACAGCUGUUUGAAGGUUGUUGUUCCAGCAAAAGACUGGCCAAAGAGCGAGCAGCAGCAGCAGCCCUAGAUUCUCUUUACAGAAUCAGCCUGGGACCAGAGAGGAAGAUGAUGGGAAUUCAGAGCUGUAAUAAUCGGCUACCUCAGUUGUUUGCAGAGUCAGUCUAUCACCUGGUGAGGGACAAGUAUGCACAGCUGACUGAGUCAUCCUCGCAUGGUCGGCCCAAGGUGCUGGCUGGGGUAGUUAUGAGCAGAGGAUUUGACAUCAGCUCAGCUCGGGUUGUGUCUUUGGCCACUGGCACUAAGUGUUUGGAUCUGGAGGAUGAGAGCGACAGUGGACGUAUUCUUAGAGACUGUCACGCUGAGGUCAUCAGCCGGAGGGCGCUGGUUCGCUUUCUUUACGCUCAGCUGGAGCUGCUGCUUUGCAUGCCAGACGCUGGCAAAGAGCAGUCGAUCUUUGUUAGAAAUAAAGACAACACCUUCCGGCUGCAGGAGGGCAUCCUCUUCCACAUGUACGUCAGCUCAUCCCCCUGUGGAGAUGCUCGACUCAACUGCCCCUAUGAAACCACAGCUGCAUAUUCCAGCAGGAGGUUUCGCUUUCACCUCAGGGUAAAGGCCAGCGGUGGCGAGGGGACGCUGCCCGUCUCUGCUCGGAGAUCCAGUCAGACAAGGGACUUUGUGUUGCCGGGUAAAGCUUUGCUCACCAUGUCCUGCACUGAUAAACUGGCAAAGUGGUGCAUUGUGGGCAUGCAGGGGGCGCUCCUGUCCCACCUGGUGGAGCCAAUUUAUCUGCACAGCCUAACCGUGGGCACGCUCUGCCACACUGGACAUCUAGCCAGAGGCAUGGCUCGCCGCCUCACCCCUGUCAAACACCUGCCCCUCCCCUACAGACGACAGCAGCUGCUGCUAGCCUGUUUGAGCAGCAGGAAUGUUCGACCUGCAGGAAAAGCUCCCAGCAUUAGUCUAAACUGGAGCUGUGGGGACCGAGGCCUGGAGGAGGUGAGCACCUCCUCGGGGAGGAGGACGGACUCGGGGACUCCGUCACGGCUCUGCAGGCACUCGCUGUUCACCCGCUGGCUGCAGCUGCAGAGGCAGCUAAAUGGACCAGUCUCAGGUUUACAAGCAUCCACAGAAUCUUUCUCUGCAUGUAAAAUGUCCGCUGAACGGUACCAGAGGGCGCUGCGGCGAUUUGGUAGCGCUCUGAAGGCUGGAGGUCUGGGAGCGUGGUACAGGAAACCCCUGAAGUCGGGUCACUUCAGUGUCACUGUGUGAGGACAGCUUCUGUACACAGACUUUCAGCCUUUGACGGCUUACAAUUGAGAUUAUGGACUGACUCAGAAGCCCUAAGAAAAUCUCGAUGAGCUCCUUUAUUGAUCUGUGUUUGUCUGAAAAUGUCAGAUCUGCAGGAACAUACAGCUAAGCAAAAUUCAGGAACCAAAUGUAACCUCUAUGGAAGCAGCAUCAUUCUGGACUGUUUGUUCCUCAGAAUGAUCACAGCUUAUGAAACUUUCUUUCAUAAUAUUGAUAAAUAUUCAUAAAUACGAAAGCUGAGUAUUCUUAACUUACUUUGAAACUGUUUUUUUGCAAUUAUUUGAUGCUUUUUUAACUCUUAAUCUGGGUUGUAAAUGUAAAAGGUCAAGUCUGUAGCUUUUGUGAGCCCAAAUUUGAAGUUCUGGCUGUACAACUUCUGGAAUUUCCUUUAGAGAACUUACAAAAACAGAGUUUGGUUAGGUACAAUUAAGCAGAUAAAAUAACCAGUUUGAUUUUUAUCCUAUUUAGUUUACUCAGCCGCUCCAUGCUGGGCUGUGGUUGGGUUAUGUUGUUGGAUCCACAGCAGAGUUCUGUAAACUCAAAUAGUUCCUGAAAGAAGUGAAAUGUUUGUUUUUAGUGAUUUCUCUGCUUUGGAUCAUUUUGAACUAAACGUUUUAACUGUUAAUAUUCUGUGGAGUAAUGUUUGUAGUCAGCAAUAAAGAGAGAAAUGAAAAAUCUCUAGAAUGUGGAUUUCAGACAUUUUUGAACAUGAAUCUCAAACUUUCUGGAGUAAAAUCUGUUUUGUUGUUGUUUCUUUAAACUUUGGGAUUUGACUAUUUGAAUUCAAAUUUCACACAAAUGUUUUGUUCAUGUUUUUGUGUUGUUGUCAUGUGAGCUGAAGGAAGCUGCAACACAAAUGGAAUCAGUGACGUCACAAUCAAAGACUUUCUGUGUUUGUUCUACACAGAAACAGGAAGAGAAGAAACUGAAGGAGAAGAUUGUGUUUGUAGAAAGAAGAAUAUUUACAACGUUGUUUUCUUUCUUUUUGCUUCAUUUGACAACUUUGGAUUGAAGAUUUGUGUUUUCAUUUCUUUGUUCUUCAGAGAAAAGUUCUUUCUGAUCAUUUGACAAUAAAAACAUCCUGAUUCUUUUGUCUUCAUUCCAGAGUUUGUGUGAAAUCUGAUGAAAAAAGUUGGAAUAAUAUGAGGGAAGAACUGAGGCAGUUUUCCUGGAACUCCAGAAAUGACCCUUAAAACACCAAAUGUCAUCAAUGUGUCCCAAUAAAGGAAUUUCAAAGUUUAAA